AUGUUUUCAUCAAUUUCACCGGAGGUUUUCAAGAAUCACGUUCAUGCGGUUUCAGAUAUCAUUUUAAACAAAAAAACAGAAGUGGAUAUUUCAUUUUUGCAAUCAUUUCAUCAUUUGCUCAAGAGAUUCCCAGAUAAGUUUCCGGAAGACUCUAGACUAAGAGAACAAUUGCAAGAUUUAGCCUUGAAUGGAAGUCCUCUUCAGGCUAAAUAUGCGGUGAAAAUUAGCGGAUUCUCAGCAGAUAAGAAACUCAUUAUUUCCAAUAUUAUAGAAAAGAUCAUGCCAUUGGAUAUAAAUCAUGCGGCAUUCACCACAAGGUUGUCGUCUGUGGCAGAAAUCUACCUCAUUGACCAUCACCCUUUAGAUCAGUAUUCCACUGCGAUCAAUUCACUAAUUGCGGAUGACAUUUUACGCUGCAACAGAAUGAGUGAAAAUGAUUACAAAACAUACGCUUCUGAAAGCUGGGUUUCUGAUGAGCAUUUGUACGAAACUAGAAAUCACCUAUUAUUGGAAAAGCUUUUGGCUUUGCGACUCAUUUCUAACAGAAUUAGAGCGAUUGCUGAAUCAAAUAGCCUGAGUAUCCUAGUUGACAAGCCAUUGCGACUUUUAAUAACUAUUGUUUCCAAUAGUGGGGAAAUUGUGAAAUCAAGUCAAGGCUUCCCUCCUACACCUAUUCCUUUCCAACAGAGGCUUCGUCUUUUUGCAGGGACUUCGUUAUUAAAAUUGGCAAAGUUGCCUCGAUUGGAUUUGGUAAUCAACUUUAGUGUAAUCGCUAAACUUGAGAGGCUAAUAAUCGAUGAUUGCAAAAAUGUUCGUGAACGAUUUUUGAAGUCAUUACAGAAAUACUUGUCGAGGAAUGCCAUUUCUGAAAGGUUCUUACAUUUAGUCUUUUUAGUGGGCCAUGAUCCUGAUACGUCUCUCAAAAAUAACGUGUUGACGUGGGUACGCUCUCUUCACAGCAGAUACGAAUCCAAAUCUGAAACUACAUUUGAGAGAGUGCUCGUCCGUUUAAUUCAUUCCAUUUCUCAUGAUGAACGAUUUGAAAAGUCGAUAUCGGUUCAUGAUGAGAUACAAAUGAAUGUGGAGAAAGCGUAUAUAUACUGCCUGAGUUUCUUGUCAUUUUAUUUGGAAGGAAUCGCAAAAGAGAAGAAUGUGUCACUACUUUAUUAUUUUGCGAGCCGAGUCAAGCAAUACAGAGAUUCGCAAGUGAACCAAGAGCUUUAUCGGCUUGAAAAUGUCCCUGAUCAAGCCAUGAAUUUGUAUCGGGUAGCCGAGCUUUGUCAGUUAAUGAUCAAAGAACUCGCAGAUUCUAAGAACUGGAAUUUGCAAACUUACCCAGGGAAAAUGCAGUUACCCUCUGAUAUUUUCUCACCCAUUGGGGAUUAUCAAGAAGCGCAACGUACAAUCUCCAAGAUAUAUAUUCCAGAUGAAGUACAAGUUGCUUUGCUUCAACAUCUCCGGAAAAUUAUGGGAAGUCACUACACAAAACGUUCAGCAUCAGUCAGGAAAGCAACUGCGAAAAAACCCAGAAUAAAUAAUGGAAAAAGGAAGCAAGUAAGGAGAAAACAGCCCCUUGGAGGUGCAACGGAUAAUGAAAAGGAUGAUGUACCGGUCCCCAUAAGACGAAGCAAGAGAGCCACAACAAAAGUUCAGUACCAAGAGUCAAGUGAUCUUUCGUCAGAAGAGGAAGAAAUUCCAGGUGAGAUAUAG